GAAUUUGUAUUAUGAAUUCAAAAACGUACUAGGACGGGCUCACCAACCAACAAAAACCAUGCACAAAAGAGUGAACGCAAUGUACCUUUAGCAAUAUUUUUUAAACAGUGAGUUAAAAUGAGAGGUUCACAAUCUAUCCCGAUAAAUAUAUCAUGUUCAAGAAAUGCACCUAACAUCGAUAUAAAAAAAACACUAGUAAAACGAACAUGUAAACGUUGCAGUGCAAUUAGAAAAGCUGUGGAGUAAGCGUUUAAAUAAAUUUUUAGUUAUCAUCGUUGUGGAACACUUAAACACCCACAAUUGCAAACAAAUGGCUAAAACCACAUACCGGUGGUCACGAAAAAAUUAUUUCGGGCCCCUCGUCAUUAUAUAUAGCAAAGUUUAGAUAUAUGAAAAAGGGCUUGGGGAUUUCUGUUUUAGCGUGUCGCUACUUUUCGGCCAUGUUUCUCAAAUGACCAACCGUGUUAGCAAAUUUGUCAUGUGUAUUCUUCUUGUAAUAUGUACUGAUUUCAUAGUAACGUCACGUCCAUACUUUGUCAGUUGAUAAUCUAGAAUGCUUUAUCGCGUUCACUAUGCAAAUGAUAAUACUUACCAACGACUAACUACUUACGUACCGUAUAUACAAUUUAUAAAACAAGCUUUGUAAUAGCGAUCUAUGUUAUGAUCAAACCUCAAUAUGAUAUAACAGGCAAAGGUUUCAAGUAUUCACACAUAUUUCAAGGUGGGUUAAUGUGGGAAAUAGUAGUGAUUUCUACUGUUUUCGAAUUGAAAGAAAGUAAGAUUUUUAUGGUGCUUUCAUUCAGUUAUGCAGAAUUUUGUAGAUGAUACAAAGACACUGAUAAAUAAUUUUACUAUCCUAAUCAUGUUAGACUUAUGCAAGUAUGAAUAGUUUUAUCUGAUGCUGUGGCUCUGGGCUACAUAAAUUACUAACAUUGUUUUGCUAGCCCUUUCGAUUGCUAACGAUUUUACUUUUCCACAUUACAAAAAUUUUACAAACAAAGAAGAGAGCAUUGAGUGACAGUUUUUUAAUCCAAUCAGCAACAAGUUCUAGCUAGUCUGUCGCCUGUUUUAUGAUGAAAAUCUGAAGCAAAUUAGUUGUUGAAUACCUCGGAAAUUCAAAUUUCGACUCAUUGGAGCUUCUGUACAGUGAACAUCAUUUCGAGGAUUGGAGGGCAUAACAUGGCAAUGCCAUCGUACUUGGAAGCGUUUAAUUGCCACGUUUUAUUUUAUGGUAAAACACGUUUUUAAAAUUCAACUAUAGCCUAAUGUGUCAAAUUAAUUACUGACUUUGUCUUAAUUGGCUUCUAACUCUCAACUUGGAGAUUGAAGAAAUGCAGAAAUAUGAAACCCCAUCCAUUCUGCACGUAUUUUUCAACAAUGGUCGCUCAUGGUUUCAACAAUCGAACAAUAGCCUGCUGUUCAGGAUGUUUGUGUAUACAGUACGCGAGCGUUAUUAUCGUUGCAGCAGUACAUACGCAUUGCGUCGUUCAAGACGUUGGGCCGUCUCGUUUUCUGCAUUAUCGGUAUGCCUUCGUUGGAUAGAAAUGGGAUCUGGGGCGAGCCCACUUCAACAUUGGAUUGGUGUGAGGAGAACUACGUUGUUACGCCGUACAUUGCAGAAUUUUGGAAUACUGUGAGCAACAUUGUAAUGAUAGUUCCCCCUCUUUUGUGUGGGCUUCAUUACAGAAGAAUUGGGAUGGAGUUGAGAUAUGUCUACUUGAACAUGGCACUUCUAGUUGUUGGAGUUGGAUCCUGGUUGUUUCAUAUGACGCUCAAGUAUGAAAUGCAACUGCUCGAUGAAUUGCCGAUGAUAUACACUGGAUGUGCCUUCACGUAUGCAAUCACCUGUCAUGAUGUACCAGCAAAUGAUGAUUCCGCAAGCAAGUAUGUGAUUUCGUUAUAUGCCGUAUUAGUCACUGUUCUAUAUUUAUUUUGCCAGAAUCCGGUGUUUCAUCAGGUUGCUUAUGGGAUCCUGGUUUUUAAACUUGUGUUCGACGGCUGGAAAAUAAGCAAAAAAUGUUCCGAACUUCGAUCUAUUCAUUUGCUGACAAUGUUUUGUUACGGUCUAGGAUUCACAUUAUGGAAUAUUGACAAUUUGUUCUGCCAGAGUUUACGGGAAACGCGAGGACGCAUCAGUAUAGGUCCAGUUUUGCAACUUCAUUCGUGGUGGCAUUUCUUCACUGCUUAUGGGACUUAUCUUCAUAUCGUUCUUUCUACUUGUGCAAGGCAGCGGUAUCUCAAACGUAACUUCUCAGUCAAGAUGUUCGGUUUUCAUCCGUAUGUUCAACUAGACUAAGGAAAUUCAAUCGCGUGCUUGUUGUAUGUAACUCACCCCUUCUUGUGCUUUUGUGAAUAGGGUAAAUUUGCUUGAAUUCUUGGCAUUCCAUCAUAUUGUUGUGCCCUUGAGACUUUACCUUAAAGGACAAGAUUUAUUGGUUACAGCGUGACAAUUGUGUUGGUGAAAUCAUCGAUUUAUCCAACUAAGGUCCAAGUUGCUAAUUCAAAUAAAGUUCAAGUUGUCAACUUUUGUUCAAUUUAUCAAAAACUAUGAUUUGACGUAGGAUUUUGUAAAAAUCAUACUCUGUUACAUCGUAAUGUCUCGUGCAAUAGUAUCGUUUGGUUCUCCAAAAUUUCCCACAUGCUAAAUUACUUUGCAGGCCAACCCAUCCCAUACUUAUCAGCGGCACAUUGCAUUUGUCAACUAGCUAUGCGUAUUUCAAAAUAUUACUAUUAAACGGGGGAAAUUACAAAGAUAAUAAAAACUUUCGUCAGAUUUGUCUAAGCCUAAGGACCAAUAAGGGACACGUCAAAUGCGUGUAUUUCAUGCAGUCGCCAAUAACGCGUUCGGUUUUCGCGAAAGGACUUCAAAAAAUAUUGAAAUUCAUGCCCAUAUACAAAUUGAAGAAACGAUAUCGUGCACACUGAUAUAUAUGUGGGUUAACAGUCAGUAAAUGAACUGAUUAAAA